AUGAGCAACCCGCAGGCUGAUCGACCCGAUGAGCGUCCAUCCGACAAUGCUGCGCGCCAUCAACAGCGUCCCUCUCAACCCCUCUUGACCGAUCAGGAUCCCUCUCCGCUCCCCUUGGACGCCGGUCGAGAGUCGGUCACGUCCCCCAGCGUUGCCUCGGAUUCCUACAUGGACUUCCCCUCGGCCGCCACUGAGGUCAGCGAUCUCGUUUUCCCGAUACGCUCUGUUGUCGGUGUCGACAAGGCCAGUGUCAAGUCGGACGCCGAUGAGCAGGCCUCGCGCCACUCGUACGCUGGCUCCGUUGGAACCCCGGUCGCUCCAAGGCCGACACGACAGCGGGGUGCUACCAUAGAUACUCGGCCUGGCUCCGUGCCUCCCUCGCCUGCGGCCAUGUCGCCCGUUGGCCGUGGUCGCUCCAGAGCGACUGUCGAGCUAAACGCCAGCGCCCAGGCCGACGGAUCUCGCUUUGCCUCUUCCGCCGCACCAAUCGAGCUCGACAUCGGAGCAUCCGAUCCCGGUAGCGACGGUGAAUCGGGCGCUCUUGGGCGAUCUGGUCUCCAAGCUGAGCCAGACAUGUCAUCUAUCAUCUCCGAAGCCCAGUCUUCUGUCGACAUUCCUUUGGUCACGGCUCGUUUUUCCCACAUCGACACGGAAGAGGGCCACUCCAUCAUCACAGGAAGAGAUGGUGUGCUGCAGCAGUGUGAGGAUGAGCCCAUCCAUACACCUGGUGCUGUCCAGGGCUUUGGCUGUCUGUUAGCUAUGCACGAGGAAACUGACGGCAACUUUCUCGUCCGCUAUGUCAGCGAAAACUCGAAACGUUUUCUUGGAUACUCGCCCAGGUCCCUCUUUCGCUUGACCAACUUUUUUGACAUCAUGACCGACGAUCAGCAGGACAACCUCCUCGACCAUAUCGACUUCAUCAAGGACGAGGACGCUGAUCCCGCUACCAAUGGACCUGAAAUUCUCAGCAUCUCUAUCCGACACCCGAAAAUUGGCAGAGCUGUUAAGCUCUGGUGCGCUAUCCACAUCAAUGCUGCUCACCCAGACCUUGUCAUUUGUGAGUUCGAGCUGGAUGAUGACCAAGAGAAUCCUCUACGCCCUCCCAACGAGCUUACCCCCGAUGCCCCAACCGACACACUCGACAGCAACCCGUCUGAACAAGCUCUUCAAGAAAGCACGGAGAUGAUCAGUAAACCUCUCCGAAUUCUUCGGAGUGCGCGCAAACGACGCGGCGAGCAAGGGGCCAUGCAAGUCUUCGACAUUCUAUCUCAGGUGCAGGACCAGCUGGCCUCUGCAACCUCGCUUGAAAUGUUUCUCAAGAUCCUUGUUGGAAUCGUCAAGGAACUUACAGGCUUUCAUCGCAUCAUGAUAUAUCAGUUUGACUCGACGUUCAAUGGCAAGGUUGUCACAGAACUGGUUGAUACCUCGCACACCCUUGACCUUUACAAGGGACUGCACUUUCCUGCUUCGGAUAUCCCGCGUCAGGCCCGUGAGCUGUAUAAAGUAAACAAGGUACGACUGCUAUACGAUCGUGACCAGCCUACAGCUCGAAUGGUUUGCCGGUCGCAGCAAGACUUGGAAAUUCCUCUGGAUAUGACACAUGCGUAUCUUCGAGCCAUGUCACCGAUUCACAUCAAGUAUCUCGGCAACAUGGAGGUUCGAUCUUCCAUGUCCAUUUCUAUCAAUGCAUUCAACGAGCUUUGGGGCCUGAUAGCCUGCCAUUCCUAUGGCGAUCAUGGCAUGAGAGUGUCGUUUCCUGUUCGCAAACUAUGUCGAUUAGUUGGCGAAACAGCAUCUCGAAAUAUUGAACGACUUUCAUAUGCUUCCCGCCUUCAAGCCAGGAAGCUAAUUAACACUUCACCUACCGACAAGAACCCCUCGGGCUACAUUGUGGCAUCCUCCGAUGACCUGUUAAGACUCUUUGAUGCUGACUGCGGUCUCCUUUCGAUCAAAGACGAGACAAAAGUCCUGGGUGUAAUGGAGCACAGCCAAGAAGCAUUGGCGUUACUCGAGUACCUGCGCAUGCGGAGACUUACAUCGGUUCUCGCGUCGCAGGACGUCGGACUUGACUUCCCUGACCUGCGAUACCCUCCUGGAUUUCACUCCAUUGCUGGAUUUCUCUAUGUUCCACUGAGCGUUGGCGGUAACGAUUUCAUCGUCUUCUUCCGCAAAGGCCAACUCAAAAAAGUACAAUGGGCAGGGAAUCCGUACGAGAAGAACAUCCGACAAGGAACUGCCGCAUAUCUUGAGCCGAGAGCAAGUUUCAAAGUCUGGAACGAAACCGUUGUUGGCAAAUGUCGUGAAUGGGACGAGGAACAAGUUGAGACAGCCUCUGUUCUUUGCCUCGUAUACGGCAAAUUUAUCGAAAUAUGGAGACAAAAGGAGGUUGCGGUACAAAACACGAAGCUGACUCGACUUUUGUUGGCCAAUUCUGCGCAUGAGGUCCGAACGCCUUUGAAUGCCAUCAUCAACUAUCUGGAGAUUGCACUCGAAGGUAGCCUCGAUAACGAAACCAGAGACAACCUUGUGAGAUCUCACUCGGCAUCCAAAUCCCUCAUCUACGUCAUCAAUGAUCUCCUCGAUCUGACCAAAGCGGAAGAAGGCCAAAACCUCAUCAAGGACGAGGUUUUUGAUCUUGGGGCCUGCAUUCAGGAAGCAACGGACCCAUUCAGGAUUGAUGCUGACAGGAAAGGCCUGGCCUAUGAAGUGAUCCGUUACGAUGGAUUGCCCAAAUUCAUCUACGGAGACUCGCGCCGGGUAAGACAAGCCCUGUCAAAUGUCACUGCCAACGCAGUCAAGCAUACUCAGGAAGGUUCCGUCAAAAUCAGCAUUCAUGUUACGGAUUUGGAAGAGAAACAAGCAACCAUUGAGUUUGAAGUGACGGACACUGGCUCAGGAAUGGAUUCUCGCCAAUUAGAUGCUCUCUUCCGGGAUUUGGAGCAAGUCAGUGCUAGUAAUUUAGAGCCAGUGGAAUCGCCCGAUCGAGGAGACAAGCCUGAUUCGCGAACUCUUGGACUGGGCUUGGCUGUGGUUGGUAGAAUUGUGCGCAACAUGAAUGGGCAGCUCAGGUUGACGUCUGAGGUUGGAAAGGGCUCCCGGUUCAUCAUCCAGCUUCCAUUCCAGCUACCUGAUAGUGAACUUGAUGCAGCAAGAUCAGGCGGAUCGUCGGUGCGCCAUAUCAGGCAAGCCUCACAGCGUGAAUCGAAGCGACCAGACGGGGAGAUAACGCUGGUGCAUAAAACGUCAGACUCAACCGUUCCUACACUGAGAGAAACCAGCAUCGGUAGUGGUGCUAGUCGUCGCAGCGGCAGCGCAGGGAGUCGUGGAAGCUACGAAAGCGCUAAGAGUGACGCGGAUCGUCUUAUAGACGCUAUCCAAACACCCAUGGCUUCUUCAAACAAUGAGGUCGACUACUUCAAUCCCAGGCGACACUCGAAGAGCAGUGCCAGCUUGUCUGCCUCCUUCUCCGGCUUGUCAGCUGGUCGUGCGUCGCCAGAGCAGUCUAAGCCCCAGGGCAUCUUGAAGUCGCCGCCGCGCACUGACACAGGUUCUGUAUCAGUCAAGGAUUCCAAGACACCGAUCAAGGCGGUAAAAAUGCCCGAUGAAUUUGGACGCGAGUCCCAACAAGUCACAGGCACAGCGCGGCCUGAAAAACUUGUUGAGCUUGGGAGCCAAUUCAGGCGGCCACGAAUCGAAAGUUUCGCGCAGGAGAUUCCUCUGAGGACUCUUAUAGCAGAAGAUGACCCUAUCAAUCUAAAGAUUGUGAGAAAGCGUCUUGAGCGUGUUGGCCAUACAGUGACUCACGCUGUCAACGGCGAGGACUGUGCCGCUCUCUUCAAGUCGAGUGCCUCAGGGGUGGACGCGAUUCUGAUGGAUAUGCAGAUGCCCAUUGUGGAUGGACUGACGAGCACGAAAAUGAUUCGCUCAAUAGAAAAGGACAUGGGGCAAGAAGGCCGGUCCGACAUGGCUAAGCGCAACGGACGGGUGCCGAUCAUUGCAGUCUCUGCAUCCUUGGUUGAGAAGGAGCGUCAAACGUACAUUGAUGCCGGUUUCGACGGCUGGAUAUUGAAGCCGAUUGACUUUAAGCGUCUCAGUGUGUUGAUGGGAGGCAUCCACGAUGAUGCGGCGAGGGACGCGAGCGUCUACGCGCCAGGACAGUGGGAAGCGGGUGGCUGGUUCGCCAAGCGGUUGAGAGAAGCAGAAGGCGAUCCAUGA